GAAUCCGAUGCGUGGCCGCAAGCGGUCAUCUACGGAUUGCUGGCGAUCUCCCUGGUGCAUGCCUUCUUCGACAUCCGCCUGUCUCAGGAGCUCUGCACUCCGCAGCUCUGCGAAAAGCUGGAGCUUUACGCGCAGAAGGCCUGCACCGCGUUUGCCAACAGGUGCCAGAUGUACAAAGCAUAUCCGGUGUCCGAGCAAGUGGGCCAGACGCGACUUCCGCUUGGAGCAGGCUUCUUCGAUGACGACUUGCACUUCUUUGUCUGCGAGGGACCCGAAGACCAGCUCCACCCGGACAGCUCCGUCCACACCCUGACCUCGGUGCUUUGCUGGGCCGCAGCAGAUCGGCUUCAUCGAGUGGCCGCCCACUACUUCAGGGAUCCCGAUCGCGCGGAGCAUUGGCAGCGGCAAGCCUUGGAAAUUCACGAGGAGAUUUGCCGCCAGGCUUGGAACCCUGCACGAGGUGCUUUCACCACGGUUUGGGGUGGCACCAAGGUGGGGCCAUCCGUGCUGCGUUUGGCCGAGCUCGGGUUCAUCUCACCAGAGGAUGCCCGAUUCCGUGGCACUGUGCGCGCCUUUGAAACGGAUGCAGCGUUGUGUGCGAGCUGCUUGAAAGGAACAGAUGGCGAAGUACUUGGCGAGGAGUCAAUUUUAACGGCCUUCGCCACCUGCUUCACCACGAACACUUUGCUUUGGUAUAGCGAGGCGCUUCGCAGUAUCGGAGCGACGAUUGAAUCCAGGAGGCUUGUGGAGGCCCUUCUGAGGACCUCAAAGCAUCCUGGAAUGCUGGCUGAGGCCAUCGACCUCCAAACCGGCGAGCAGUGGGGAAACACGCCUUGCACCUCUGCUCUGCUGUCGUUGCUGAGAGUGGCCCCUAGGCUCUCCAGGACAUGGCGGGAGGUGUAA